CCAUACCUACAAGGAAAGAGGAGUUUGUGUGCAUGAAUCACGCAGGCGUUGAUUAUACGUUGUACGCAACGACAACGAAUGAAUGUGUACUGAUGUUUGCCUCCGAAUUGAUUUUGUAGGUAGUCACUUAAGUGUGUAUGGUGUGGUAACUUUUAAUCCUUGAAGGUUAGUUUGCAAGAAAUUUGAAACAGAGCAGAUGUGAUAAUGGCGUCGAGUGCAAUGCUUAAGGACAAGAACCAGUUACAGUUUGAGGACAAGUGGGAAGGCAUGCGUCCAACCGUUCUGAAACUGUUGAGGCAGGAGAAUGUCAGCAGACCAGAAUGGCAGGAUCUCUUCUGGGACGUCCACACAGUGUGUCUAUGGGACGAGAAGGGUGCUUACAAAGUCCACUUGGCCCUAUUAGAUGACAUCCGAGAGUUUGUACAACAAGCUAAAUCAAGGGUGUUACAUGACCAGGAAGACACCACGCUACUGAAAGCCUACAUCAGCGAGUGGAGCAAGUUCUUCACCCAGUGUAAUUAUCUGCCAAAGCCCUUUGGUCCGUUGGAGACGGCCUUAACGCAGAUGAAUGCCGAGCGUCAACAGAAGAAGACGGUCCAGAAUGAGGAUACUGUCGUCAGAAAGCUCAUGCUAGACAGCUGGAAUGAUCACAUAUUCAGCAACAUCAAGCAGCGACUACAAGACAGUGCAAUGAAACUAGUGCUGGCGGAAAGGAAUGGAGAGGCCUUUGAAAAACAGCUCGUCAUCGGUGUGCGGGAAUCAUACGUCAAUCUGUUUUCUGGGGCUGAAGACCGUUUGCAGAUUUACCGGGAGAACUUUGAGCGGGCCUACCUGGAAGCCACGGACACGUUCUACAAGAGAGUCGGGCCCGAGUACCUGCGGGAGAACGGCGUACAAAAUUACAUGAAAUUUGCUGACAAUAAACUGAAGGAGGAGGAGACGAGAGCCUUGAGGUACCUAGAGACCUGCCGAGGCAGCAACUCAGUCACCGCUUUGUCCGAGUGCUGUGUCCAAGCCUUGGUCACGUCCUUCAGGGAGGAAAUCCUUCGGGAAUGCGCGCCAAUGAUCAAGAACAAUGAGACAGAAAAACUGAAUCUGAUGUUCAGGUUAAUGGACAGGGUACCAGACGGCAUCAAUCCAAUGCUACGGGAUCUGGAGCAUCAUAUCAUGGAAGCUGGCCUGGCCGACAUGGUGGCAGCUGCUGAUAUCAUUGUAACAGAUUCUGAGAAGUACAUUGAGCGGCUUCUAGAGUUAUUCAACAAAUUCAGUGCCCUCGUCAAAAAUGCAUUCAAUGAUGAUCCUCGUUUCCUUACGUCAAGAGACAAGGCUUACAAGCAUGUUGUCAAUGACACCACAGUCUUCAAAUUGGACUUACCAGCUAAGAAUAAAAGCAUAAGUAGUAAGACACAACCAGAGUCCAAAUGUCCCGAACUUCUUGCCAACUACUGCGAUCUCCUGCUGCGGAAGACACCACUGAGUAAGAAACUCACGUCGGAGGAGAUUGAGAGCAAACUCAGGAACGUGCUUCUGGUACUGAAGUACGUGCAGAACAAAGACGUGUUCAUGCGUUACCACAAGGCCCACCUGACGAGGAGGCUAAUCCUGGACACAUCGGCGGACAGCGAGAAGGAAGAAAACAUGGUGGAAUGGCUCAGGGAGGUUGGCAUGCCGGCCGACUACGUCAACAAGCUGGCGAGAAUGUUCCAAGACAUCAAAGUCAGCGAAGACCUCAACCAGUCUUUUAAGGAACUUCACCGGAACAAUUACGACAGCGUAGCUGACAACAUUAACAUCAAGAUUCUGAAUGCUGGGGCUUGGUCGAGGAGCUGUGAGCGAGUUCCCGUCUCCCUCCCUGUGGAACUGGAGGACUUCAUCCCGGAAGUGGAGGAGUUCUACCGGAACAAGCACAGCGGCCGGAAACUGCAGUGGCACCAUCUCAUGUCAAAUGGCAUUAUCACAUUUAGGAAUGAAAUCGGCGUGUUUGACCUGGAGGUCACCACCUUCCAGAUGGCGGUGCUCUUCGCCUGGAACCAGCGACCCAAAGACAAGAUCACGUUGGAGAACUUAAGACUGGCAACGGAACUUCCAGACAGUGAACUGAGGAAGACGCUAUGGUCUCUUGUAGCUUUUGCCAAAAUGAAGCGGCAGGUCGUGCUGUGCCAUCCCGAGGCCAAGUCACCCAAAGACUUCACCGAUGCGACGGUGUUUUGGUUCAACCAGCAGUUUGCCGUCAUUAAGAACGGAAAGCCCCAGAAGCGAGGCAAGAUCAAUCUGAUUGGACGGUUACAGCUGAACACGGAGAGGAGUGCGGAAGAGGAGAAAGAGGGUAUCGUACAGCUGAGAAUACUCAGAACGCAGGAGGCCAUCGUGAAGAUCAUGAAGAUGAGAAAGAAGAUCACCAACGCCCAGCUUCAGACGGAGCUGGUGGAGAUCCUGAAGAACAUGUUCCUCCCCCAGAAGAAGAUGAUCAAGGAGCAGAUCGAAUGGCUGAUCGAGCACAAAUACAUGAGGCGGGAAGAGAACAAUAUCAACACCUUCAUCUAUCUGGCUUAGUGACGCCUUCGGCAAUUGGACGACUGCACUGUGGCAACUGAAAGGAGAGCCAAUCAGGAUGUGUGUGACUGGUGUCUAACAGUGACUCUGAUCGUUGGCCGACCUGUACUCUCCGACCAGUGAUGUCGGCCACUCACGAGCUGGCUUUCACAGCACUUUGGCACUGUCAGUAAUAUGGUGCUUCUGAUUGGCUACUGACAUGGCUUCUGGUUUGCAAUAACCAAUCAGAUGUUUUGUUGAUAACUGUUUAUGAACACUUUCAACAAGGUGCUGUGUUUCUGAAUUCACGGACAGGUGCCAGGCAGACGUACUUUGAGCUAUAUUGUGUUUUAAAGUGUUUUACACUGUCAGGGGUAGUAAUUUCGUGCAGUAAUUGUUAAAGAAAAAAAAAUUGGGAUUUUAUUCAAGUAGGUUGACGUAAAACAGUUAAAAACUACACAAAGAAGUUUUUUGGGUAAAAAAUCCCUUUGUGCCCCUUUGAAACAAACCAUUUACUUUUAAAGUGCUGUAGAUUUUGUUGGAGCUUGGCCGACCAGUUUUGACGCUGAAUUUGAAGAACUCCAACUGGUGAAAUUCUUGUAUAGAGGUUUUUGGCCUUCGCAUUGUUCUGUUGAUGGCAAGGCGUCACCGACGAGUGCACGCACGUACGUGGGCCUUUUUUCCGAAAGCGCGAAACUGCACAACGUUUCAAGUGUAGGAUCUGACAAAACUGAAGCCUACGAACUGUUGUAAGAGUAUUUGUAACCCCAUGUCACCGCAUAGGUAAUACUUUAUAAAAACAAAAACCAAGUGUGCCCAAUCAACGUGUAGUUGGUGGAUGUACAUGUAGAUUGCAAUUCAGACACUGUUGCCAUGGUAAUGGCCAAUCAGCACAGAGAAUUUCAAAAUUAAGCUUGAUGCUUGAAUGAGACAGACCAGGCUAUUCAUAAUGUGCAAGUAUGCACUACGUAAUGUAAUCACAUCAACUACAAGUUUUAUUCUAACAUAUUCACACUUCACUAAAAAAAGGGCAUACGUGUAUAUAUUUGUGCUAAUCUUAUGGAUAAAGUGCACACAGAUGAACGGUCUGCGUCCAUUCAUCAUAAAACAUCAAAGCGAAAAAAGAAGUUCCUUUUGUUGCAUUCACAUUAAGUUUCUGUACAUUCCACAGUGCCACUGUGAUAAAAUGCUUGCUGCCACAUCUGUAUGCUUGGAACAGGGCUUGUUUGUCCCGUGUUCCAAAAGGAAUGUUUAGACCGUCAAGAGGUUCUGUUCCCCAAGUUUACCCUCUUCUCUCUACAAAACAUGGGGAAUAUGCUUUUUUUCUCUCUUUCCCCAUGGGCAACCUUACGUGAUUAAGAUUGCAAUUUUGAGACUUUUUCUGGCCAAUUUGUGGUACAGUCUUGCACAAAAAUCAGCGGGAAUAGGCUUUGAACUGCGAGGUCUGGAACUUGAAAGUAAUCUAUGUAUAUGUCUGUCUUCCAGCACGGUUAAUCUUCCCCCCAUGAAAGUUUCAAAGUUUACCAUAAGCUGUGACUCUCUGUAUGCCCUCUGUACUUAACCCACAGAGACGAACGUUACUUAGGCCGCAACCGAAUCUCUUGUCUAGAGCUAGGUCUAGGUCUUCGCUCCAUUGGAAAUGCGUGGAGACGCGCAGACAAUAGACCUAGCCGUAGCUCUGGAAGCCCGUUUCGGACACGGCCUGAGCUUAUUAAAAGUCGGAGAAUGAAACUGGUUUUUGUAUAAUGUUUUGACUGAAGCAACUGUGACCACAAUGGCGUGUUGAAUUUGUACAGAAAUUAUUAAAACAAUUACCAAGUACAAGAAA